UACCUAUCUUCCUCUCCUUUGGGAGAGCAUAGCACCACCCUCCUCGAGUCAGAAUCGGUGACGGAAAGGUCUCGCCUCUUAUGUGCCUCGCUUUUCUACUUCAUCAACUGCGUCAAUUAAUGGCUCCCAGGAACGGAAUGGUCGAGAGUGUGGCAUGAUCUAUCGUUGUAUUAGACUGGCGACAUUCCCACCCAACCUUCAGCUUCGAAGCCACCUAGCCAACAAGGUAUAACUCAUAUAUCCGUCAAAUUGGAAUAUAGGGCAACCGAAUUUGACGGACGAGACGAGACGAGACGAGACGCGAUUGUCACGACCUGAAUUCUCCAAAUCCUUCACACGAAAUCCUCUAUCCUUAGUCACAGCACUGUCUCUUGUCGGCGUUCCUCUAUCACAAUCGAGAACAGUUGCCAUUUUGUAACCGUUGUCUACAGCUUUAUUAGCUGCCUUGUUAGUACACUGGAGUUGUCCGCUUGCUUGCUUGCUCGCUCGCUUGCUCGUUCGACCACGUCACAACUGGGUCGCAUAACGGCCGCCGAUCAGUGUGAACUCUUCUCAAAAGAGUUUCGGUUUGUCCCGACGGCUCGGGGCCAUACCGCUUAACCCAGGAGCCUAGGUAUCCCGCACCGACCGUCUGUCUUGUCUGCUACCAACCCAACUUACCGGUCGUCUGGGAUUCUGGGUCUCCCUGCGCCGCCGACCCCCCCCCCCUUCCGUUCGUUCUGGGAAAUCUUCCUUGGACGCUCUGUCAAUCGUAUUGGCUACCUGGGACCAUUCCCUCGGGUUAGCUCCCCUCCACACAGUCCAGCCCUGCUGGGUCUUGUCACUUCUUGACACUCUUUGUGCAAACUUUUUCGUUCAUUCGAAGCCCCUAUCAUACAGGCUGGUUUGGACGAUACCCGGUAUGGGCGUGCUUAUUUCUCUCGACUGUCCCUGUCACAUAUCAUUUUCCAGUGUUAGCAUCCCCUGCUUUUGAACAGGCUUCCCCUGCGACAUACGUGCCCUACCAUCGGGACAGGGUCUGGGUAUCUGUCACCGGCAUAUGUAUGUAUGCUUGACCCACCGAGGCCUGUCCUAUCAGUCUGCCCUUCUUUUAGCUUGCUGCCACAGUACCUACCUGCUGCUUUUCUGCCAAGUGCUCAUGUAUUCACAUCAAAUACCAUUUCUUUCCCAUUUAACUCCUCCCUUCUCGAGUACGAUCCUUCAAGGGGGACUUGAAGUAGAGGUUCUAUAGCGAUGGACCAUAGAGACCCGGAAGAGGACCCAACGUCAGACUACGGGGAUUCAAUAGCAACCUCCGAAUUUACUUCAGUUAAUACCAGGGAACUUUACUCGUACGAACAUGGAAGGCGAUAUCAAGGAUUUCUAUGUGGUCGUUAUGGCCUACCAAACGACGAUGCUGAGCAGGUCCGUGAGGGCUUGAAGCAUAAGCUGUACCUGGAUUAUCUCCUCGACGGAAAGCUAUUUCUGGCUCCCAUCGGGAACAACCCGCAAAAGAUUGUUGACCUUGGUACAGGUGUUGGCAUGUGGGCACAAGACGUCGCAGAAAGCUUUCCCAGCGCACGGGUAAUAGGAUGUGAUCUUUCACCCAUCCAACCGCAUUGGACGCCGCCCAACGUUGAGUUUCGAGUAGAAGAUCUCGAGGAUGAAAAUCGUCCAUGGACAAGAAUAUAUGAAGAUGCAGAUUUAAUUCAUGUCAGAGCCUUGUUACAGACUCUGCGAAAACCGAGACAGCUAUUGGAACGAGCUUUUGAAAAGCUGAAGCCUGGUGCUUGGAUUGAAAUCCACGAAAUCGUUCCCUUUGUCUUCUCUGUUGACGGUACUUCCGGAGAUGAUCAUCCUAUGAACCAGUUCUACCGCCUUGUCGAGGGCCACUUUACCACGAUAUAUGGUUGGAACUUGCGCUUUCCAUUCCAGAUCGUUGAAGCGCUGCGUGACGUUGGAUUCAUCAAUGUCAACGAACGCCAUUCUUACACACCUGUUGGCCGGUGGCACCAGGAAGCAAAAAUGAGAGAAAUGGGAAUCUUCACCCAAAACAUCCUCGAGGAAUGGGUCACGGCAAUGCUUGGCCGCCCGGACAUAAUGGGAGUCACAGAAGAAGAGGCAUAUGAACUUGGGCACAGCGUAUUCGAAACCUUCAACAACACUCGCAUUCACGCGCAACUCGACUGGAUUGAUUGCUGGGCGCAGAGGCCACUUUAAUGAGGCACUGAAGAAUCUUUAGCAAAAUGGCCAUCCUGCAAAAUUUCUCUCAUGCGAACGGACAUCCGACCGAGACUGACUCAAACCUGCCAGCUUGCAUACUGCUUUUAUCCCCACCUGGAACGUGUGACACCUCAGUACUCUGGCUGCUAACCUACCUAUCUGGCCUUGGUGACUGGGAUGGUAUGGAUGUAGGGUCACCUCGCAUGCUGCUCGAGAGUUGUAGAAAUGCAACACGAAGUAAGCAAUGCCCCGCCAUAUAAGCUAACUGUUCUACCAUGGCUUAUGCUGGUUGUCUAAUUGGGAAACGCCUGCAUGGCGAAUUGAAACGCUACACCAUUCUCAGCUCUGUUCCAUACACAGUCUAGCGCAGCUAUCGGCUUGACUUUGAGUGAAGAGGGGACAGGCAACGCCUCUACUGUUCUACGGUGUUACUUAAGGCUGAACUUGACAUAUUAUCCAUACUAGUAAGCAAAAAUUGGCGGGCUUCUAUGAGUAAAGGCCACCUUUUGAAUAGUUCGGGUGUGCUUCUGAUCUGUGGUCCUCAGCCGUGCCCAGUAGAAAUUAUGAACAGAACACUGCAUUCUUCGAGGGUCGGGGAUAAGUUGAUGUGAGCGCGUCUUGAGUCUGAUACAAAUGCCAGCAUGGCCAAGCUGUUCUUGUGAUUAUAGUGCCUCUGUGGCCAUUCGUGUACUCUAGUUCGAGCUAGGAUUUCGAGCUGCAUGUGACGCAGUUGCCAAGGAAAAAAGACAUAGGGGGAAUAGAAUGUUAGAUACCGGUAUACUGUAUCAUGUUCAAAUACUAUCAUGUGAACAACAUCCAAGAUAAAGC